UCUCCCGCUCCUCUGCAGCGACACCGACAUGAGACCCGUCAUUUCAUACGACGACAUCACGGCGCCUCAGCCGCCUCCCCCACCACAGCUAGGUCCUCAAUUUCCCUCUGUGAAUCCUCCACCAGCUAAAAAGCGCAAGACGAACCAAAGACCUGCGAACGGGCGGCCGCCACAGCAGUUUCAGCAUUGGGAUGACCCUGGAAGCAGUGCGCCGCAGAUGAGCUAUGACGAUACGGGUAGUGGUGAGCACGCGCAAGGGGGUGAGGACGACGCGGUAGAGGAGGGCGAAGUGGAAGAGGAGAGUAGGGAGCUCACAUAUGAGGAGAUAUGGGACGAUUCUGCGCUGGUGGACGCAUGGGAUUCUGCGAUGGCUGAAUAUAAGGCGUUCCACGGGCCGGGAAGUAAAUGGAAGGAGGAACCGGUGAAAAAAUCUCCUCUAUGGUACAAUGUUCCACCCAAAGAUACGGGUAAGAAAGCAGCCAAAGCCACUGUAGUGCCGUCGACUUCCAAUGGUACUGCAGUCAACGGCCAACACGAAUCCAUUCCUCAGGGCGACCAGGAGAUCGACUCUGCACCAUUGAAUUUCGACACCUACGUGCCUUCACAUGACCCUUCGCUCGCCUCUGCCAUUCCCUCACGUCUACCUGCCGCUCCAGUUCCUGACUAUUCAUCAUAUUACGUUCCUCUGGCGCCGGGCCAGAUGGUGAGCCAGGACGAGGCAUUCUCGCGAGCCUUAUCGGCGAUGUACUGGGGCGGCUAUUGGUCCGCCGUGUACCAUUGUCAGAGGCAGUCCAAUGCAAGCUCGACAGGUAAUGACGCUGAUGGCGAAGAAGGAGGCGAAGGCGAAAUACAAGGCGAAGAUGAUGUAAGAGGGGAACAAGAGGUCGAGGACAUGCUUCCUGCCCAACGCUGAGGCGUUGUCAUUGUUGGUAUCCGCAUACACCGUAUUUUUGGUGCAGAGUGUGCAUCUAUGUCCUUGCUUGCUCAGACAUAUUGUUUCAUGAGUUAGACGUUGGCCACUCGCCGAGGGGUUACUCAGGACAGCAGCAGUUGGACAAAUUUAUCACCAAACAGGCCAAUACAUG